CGCUUCCUGAACAGAAAUUCUACAUGAUAUAUACUUGACUUUAGUACUUUACUUCAAUUUUUUGUCAAAUAGAAAUCUUUUUGCCAAAUAGAAAUAUAUAAUAAAGUUCAACGUGUUGUUCAAGAUGUCGAUGUCAGCUGUUUAUAUACUGGAUGUCAAGGGGAAGGUAGGUUGUCGAUUUCAAAAUAAUUUACCAUGCCCAGCAUACACUCGAGCAUACAUCAAUUAUAAAAUUUUGCACAGAAUAAAUGGCAUACUUUAAUAUUUAUAGCAUUACCUACAUUUAUGAAUGUUAAAUGCUAUAACAACAUUGAUUAUUCUUCAACUGGUUGCAAUAAGAAUACUCAUCAAAUUUUGAUUAUUAAAUAUCAAUGUUUGAUUAUAUAAAUGGUUAGUGUCAUAAUUUGCCCUUGCUUGAAAAUGCUAAUUUAUUGAUUACAGUCAAAAUAACAGAAAGAGCCUUUCCAACUUCCGUUUUGGUGGCAAGCCGGCUGGGUAACCGAGCUAGAUCACGUUGCUGAGCUGAAUACAUGAGACUUUUCAGGCUGGCUUGCCUGUGAAAACAAAACCACUGGGCUCACUGCUAUAUAUAAAUAGUAUAAUGUAAAUAUAUUUUCUCAUGAACCUGAAAUUUACACUUUUGUGUGUUGAGACAUUUUACGUUGAAAGUCAGUCAUCAAAUUUACAUUGAAAAUCCAGGAAACAUGAAGCAAAAAUGAAUGUGUUUUGUAACUGGCUAUUUACGAGGCCCACUAAGCUAGGGGUUAUGGCCAACAGCUACAGUACCGCUCCCGUAUAUCUUAACAUAUGAUAUGUGUAUCAUAUGCACAUGAUACACGUAUCAUAUGAAUAUGCGUAUCAUAUGAAUAUGUGUAUCAUAUGAAUACACGUAUCAUAUGAAUACACAUUACUAACAAAUAUUAGGGCACUAUAAACACAUGUAUAUGUAGCGCCCUGCAAAUAUGCAUAUCAUAUAGGCUCGUAUCACAGGCCUUAAAAUAUGGGUCGGUCACGGACAUUGUCCGACCCAUUCGUGAAAUUGUCCGACGUAGAGAGGAAACCAAAGUGAAACUGAGGUUUAUUGUUUGUCCGACCCGAGUGUAUUGGUGUCCGACCGACCUGUAGCUUUGUCCGACGUAAAUCAAAAUGUACCCUAGCCCAGGACUAGAGGCUUGUAUGUUAAAUGGAAAAUCAGAGUACUAUUAUUGUAUAAUAAAAGGUGUACUGGAAAUGUUGUUUUAACGUAGUCGAGCGCGGGGUGGCGAGCAAAAUGGUGAAGUGGAAAACGGUCUUAAGUUGUCAAAGUCAAUAUUGCUGUUCUGGCAAGCAAGUUAAUUUUAGCUUGGAAAUAAAUAUGAAAGAAACAAAUUAUUUAAUAUAUUUACAACAUUUACUGUUUAUUAAUUUGUGUCAUUCAGACUUAUUUCCGAGUCAAAACUGAAUUGAAAGUCAUCGGCCAUAUGUCCGACCCAAACUCAACGUCACCGGACAUUUUGUCAGACAGCCCUGGAAAAGAUAUUUUAAGGCCUGUCGUAUCAUAAUUUGUGUAUUAGUUCUGAUACAGGUAUACUGUACAUACAUGCUGCACAAACGCUAUUAUUAUACACAAGAUAUAAUGCGACCAAACCAACAUGUAUUUACACCAUAUACAUGUAUAUAUAAUACAUUUUUACGCGUAUUGAAAACGUAUUCUAAGAGACUUCUAUGUCUACACACAUGGCAGUCUAUGUACAGUAAGAGUACAAAUACGCGCAAAUAAAACUUGUUAUGUUCUAAGAUAUUGUUAAUAUUGAGAGAUUGUGUGUGUGGUUAUAUGGGACUUCUAAACUGAGCUAUACAAUAUUUAAUAAACAUCAACCUAUAGUUGGAUUUUAGAUGUUGAUAAUAAUAAUAAUAAUAGUUGAUUAAAUAAGUUGUGCCAUAGCUUUCUUUGAACAUUAGCUACUUUCAGAUUGUUUGUAGAUACGGAACAUGGUUACAAUUCUCUCAGGACCUAUAUUCUGUAGACUACUGUAUGUGAUUAAAAUAUCAUGCAUGGUAAAUUAAUUCAGAGACACUAAUCGACAUAGACAAUCAAAGGAAUGGACCAUGGGCGUACCGGAAGGAAAAAUUUAGGGGGGCGGAAAGAAAAUUGCCUGACUUUUCGGGAUUGUGCCCGACUAGUACCGAAAAAAUUUUUCCAGAAAAAUUAUUUUGGCGACCUCCCCGCCAAAAGGGGUAAAAAAAAUUUCCGGACAACCAAAAUUUUUCGAAACAUAACACAAAUUUUCCAAAAAACAAAAAAUUGGCCACAAAAUUUACUUAAUUUUAGACAAAAUUUACAGAAUUUCUCCCAUUUUUUUUUAUUGUAAACCAAAAUUGCCCGACUGUUGAUCGAAUAUUGCCCGACUGCCCAACAAACUGGGGGCUAAAUCCCCGCCCGGUACGCCUAUGGAAUGGACUGGAAAUGCAGGCUAAAGCUGAUUCUUUAUUUCUAACCUUUAUUUCUUUAUUUCUAAACUUUAAUUAAAUAGAUUUAGUGAAAGCGAAAUUGUUAUGUACACAUGUAUAAUUAUAUUUAUGUCAUACGCAUACAUGCGCACAUCGAACCAACCUCCGCCGCAGGGACUUUCCAAAAAGACCCUGGGUACGAGGAUGGCAUCGAACGUAGACAAUACACAUGUAUUCAUACAGUAUGAUAGACUUGGAUAUUUUUAAAAUUAAACAAGAUUUACCUGGAAGUUAAAGUUUGAUUUGAUCCUGAUGACGUAUAGAAUCAUGAUGCGCUACAUGUAUUCAUAUGAUAUAAUAAUAAUAAUAAAACUUUAUUUAAUGAGGGAUUACAUUGAUUACUUAAUAUAGUAUUCUUCCCAAUGGCCCUCGAUAUCUAAUAGUAAUAUAUAAAAAGAAAAUCCUAUUGAGAGUAACAUUGACAAUGAGUAAUAUGCUUACAAUCGAUGCAGCGGAAUUUAUUAACGUGAUCUACUUCAUAAUUCAAUUGAAUAAAGUAGGUUUUGAGCUUUUUAUAGGAAUAAAUUGAGUGAUUUUCAAUAUCUUUUAAUUCGGAAGGUAAAAAAUUAAAUAAAGUUGCACCACUGAAGGAAAUUUUGGAUUUUGCUUGCGUAGUCUUAACUGAUGGAACUUUUAAGUCUGUAAUAGACGAUCUAGUUGGAAUUGGAUGAGAGUCGCGAACAAAGACAAACAAUUUACGAAGAUCCGGCGGCCAAGAUGUUUUUAAAGUAUUGAAUACCAAUAAUAUUUUUCUCAUUUUGAUCAAAUUAAAAAUAGGUAUCCAGUUGAGUUUACGGAAAAGCACAAUUGAAGGCACUUCAGUUGACUGCUCAAGAAUUAGUCUCGCUGCACGUUUCUGUAGUUUUAGUAGGCACGUAAUUAGAUCGUUAUUAGCAUUGCCCCAGACUGUGCUACAAUAUAGCAAGUGUGGGUAGAUUAGUGCGUAAUAUAAUUGAAUACGGGAUUGAAAAGUGAGAUAGCUACGUAUACGUUUGAGCAGGUAAAGUCUAGAAUUGAUUAUAUUGUAGAUUGGUAUUAAUUUGCUUAUCCCAUUUCAGAUGUUGGUCUAAUGUAACUCUAAAAGUAAAAUGGCGGAUGUAAUCUCCUUAACAUUAUUGUUAUUGACUUCAAUGGUUAUUGGACUAAGAUCAGGGAAUUUAGAUUGGGAAUAUCUUUUCAUUAUUUUUGUCUUGCCAGGAUUAAGAGACAUUUUUUUAUGGUUAGUCCAACGGGACACUGAGGUCAUAUCUAACUUUAGAGAGACACUAAGUUCGUGAAGGUCCGAUCCGGAGGAUAUUAGUGUAGAGUCAUCGGCAAAUAAAAAAGGCUUAGAACUUCCAAUGUAACUGGGUAAAUCGUUAAUAAUAAAUCGGUAAAUCGAUAAGAAAGAGAAUUGGUCCUAGUAUAGAUCCUUGAGGCACACCAGACUUUAUCAGAGCUGGGUUGGAUAGGGAUGAUGCAAUUUGUACUACUUGGUAACGAUCAUUUAGAUACGAUUUAAACCAUUUUAAAGCUAUUGGAGUAAUGCCAUAUUGUUCUAAUUUCUGCAGUAGCAAUCUAUGAUCAACCAGGUCAAACGCUUUGGAGAGGUCAAUUAGAGCUAUACCAUUAAUUAAACCUUGCUCAAUGUUAUCAAGAAGGUGUUCACAGAUCAAUAUUAGAGUAGAUUCACAAGAGUGAUGGGCUCGAAAACCAUGCUGACAACUCGAUAGAAUAUCAUUUUCUGUGAGGAAUUUUACAUAUGAGUUGGCAACAUGUCGUUCGAGGAGUUUCGAUAGAAUCGGUAAUAUAGAAAUGGGCCUGUAAUUGUUUCUCUCAGUACGUGUUUCAGCUUUAUAGAUUGGAAUCAGUCUAGCUUUCUUCCACAUGUUGGGAAAGACGCCAUUUUCAAUGCUCAUAUUACAAAUGCGAAGUAUUAUGGGUGCAAUGGAAUGAAUCGAGGACUUGAUGAAGUAGGCAGGAAUACCAUCAAGACCGGUUGACUUGUCGUCUGGUCUAAUUCGGCUGCAAGAUUUAAUAUGUCAUCGAUUGUUAUCAGUGGAAUUGUAAACUUAAUAUGAUUUGUUGCAAUUGGUAAAUGAGUAUUAAUUGGGUUGUUUAGUAAACUGAUAUCAAAGUUGUCUGCAAUAGAGGAGAAGUAUUCAUUAAAGAGAUCGCCAACCUCGAUAGGAUCACUGAUCUCCUUGCCAUUAAUGUUAAGUGCGAAUGAUACACAUAUUCAUAUGAUACGCUACGUGAAAUGAUACGCAUAUUCAUAAGAUACGCUACGCGAAUGAUACGCGUAUUCAUAUGAUACGCUACGCGAAUGAUACACAUGUUCAUAUGAUACGCUACGCGAAUGAUACACGUAUUCAUGUGAUACGCUACGCGAAUGAUACACGUAUUCAUAUGAUUCGCUACGCGUAUAAUACGCGUAUUCAUAUGAUACGCUACGUGUAUGAUACACGUAUCAUACACAAAAAAGUGUUAAGAUGUUUACAAACAGUACUGUAGGCGACAUUCCUUAAGAUGGUGGAUAAACCAAGCUUGAGGAAUGCUAAUUAUAUAUGAGAGACCAACUAAGCUUUACAAGCUAACUGUCUAAACAGUGUGAAAUUUUGGUUAUUGAAUAAGUUGAGCGAAAAACAUCCAUUUUCCUCAAAAUUCAAGAUUAAAAAUCUGAUGAAAGAAAGUAUAGUUCAGGGUCUGAAAUUUAAUUUUUUUCUCCGUAUCCAACUGGGAUACCAGGAUUCAAAGUUUAAUAACACCCCCCGAGAAUCCAGUAUCUCACUUCUGGAUACUGGUUACCCUAAAUAUUAUACCCUGUCCCAUCCAAAUAAGUUUCCAUUCCAUUCCUACCGUUACAAAUUACAAUAAUAACAGGAGAUUCAACAGUCAACAAUUAGACAAUUCACAAAAAUGCACAUUAUAAUUAUAUGACGAAAGGCUUCGUUAGCAAACUCAUAGUAUUCAAAAGCUAUCAGGAGACUGUCAGAGGUGCUUAACAUUUUCCUAAUGUUUGAAAUUUCCUCACAGUUUGGUAUCCAAAACCAAAUUUUAGUAUCCUGUGGAUAUCGGGAUACCGCAAAUUUCAGAUCCGUAUAGUUUAUAGCAUUUAUCGUGUUUCAUUGUUAUCAAUCAACCAUGGCAAUAGAACCUCUCCCGUGGCUGAAAAUGAGAUGAGCUUGUGAAUCCUUAAAUGUCAAGCUGUUUUGAUUUCCAUCAUUAAAUGUUAAUAUUUAUAAUAAAAGAAUCACUCCAGAGCAAGAUAUAUAGCUGUCACCCUCCUUACCACUCAUAGCAAUCACUGAUUGGUUACAACUAGCUAAAAUAGUUACCGAUUGGCUAGAAGCUAACAAAUUUCAUUAUAAACACACAUAAUUGCUUACAUGGUAACAAUAUAUCUGCAUGCACAGAUACAAAAAUGUACCCCUUGAAGGGUGGUUGUAUAUAUAUAUACACAAAAUAUCUAAUAAAUUUAUUUACAUACAGUAGUUACAGUACAUAUUAUUACAAUUUGUAAAAUCAAGAAGAAACUAAAAGUAAUGUUGAGUAUACAGCUAAUUCAAAAAAGCUUGAAAAAUAUGCCUGACCACGGUGGGAAUCGAACCUACGACCUUUGGAAUACUAGCCCAAUGCUCUGCCAACUGAGCUACGCGGUCUGGUCGGUUCGAGUAUGUGAUAUUUCGGAACAGAAUUUAGUUCCUUCGAUAUCAAUGUUAUCUAAUAAUAUCAUGAUUCUGUUCCGAAAUAUCACAUAAUCGAACCGACCAGACCGCGUAGCUCAGUUGGCAGAGCAUUGGGCUAGUAUUCCAAAGGUCGUAGGUUCGAUUCCCACCGUGGUCAGGCAUAUUUUUCAAGCUUGCCCGGUGUGGAUAUACACUCAGAGUAACAUCACAAGCAUCAUAUUCACCUGAGUACAUUACACCAACACAGAAAAAUCAUAAUUCAAAAAAGGUUGUCUUUUGCAAACCUUAAAUUAAUAUUUUUCAUAGUUAUGUAGUAUAUGCAUGUCUUCCUUGUAAAUUUGUUUAUUUAGUUUAGGACCUUUCUGAAAAUCACUUUGUGAGAAAGCUUCCUGAAAAUAAAUAUUAAUUUUAAAAAAAGCUUAAACCUUAAACUCUAAGCGUGCAAAGCAUAAUGGGAGCAUCCUUUAGUUUAAUCAGUUUAGAAAUCAUAUAUGGGGAUUGGAGAACAUCCCUUAGAGACAUGGUAAAUAUCUCCUUACGAGAACAAUUCAUUCACAAAUAGCUGCAAUAUUCAACUACUAAGCUUGAAACUUGUGCUCCCAUUAAGCUUUGCGUGCUUAGCGUUUAAGGUUUAAGAACGGCAAUAAAUCCUCACGAUAGAACUUUUUUUUAAUUUUCGUGAAAUCGAACUUUUUUGCACGUGAAACAUGAAAUGGCUCUUUUUUUACGGGAACGUGAUCCAAUCUCCCCCGUUAUCACCCUCUAGUAAAUAUGACUAACAUGACUGUGAUUUUCACGCAGGUGCUUAUAUCACGAAAUUACCGUGGUGAUCUAGAAAUGUCUGUGAUAGAAAAAUUCUUUCCAUUGGUUUUGGAUUGUGAAGAUGAGGGCAAUGCAUCUCCAAUUAUAAUUCAUGAGAGUGCUACAUUUACUUACAUAAAACAUCAUAAUCUUUAUGGUAGGUAUUGAAUUCUUUGCUAAGCUAUAUAUAUUCCUGCACAUUAUGUUUGAUUUGCUAAAUCUAAAUCUUAAUCUGUCUAUCAGGAAGGAAUCUUAAUGCACGGAGAGUGGUUACGUCACUUGUGAUGUCACUCGUGUAAUUCUAUAUGUGACCCGUGUGUAGAAAACACAACUAUUACACGAAUGGAAAUAUUAUUUAUUUUAUAUAACAUCAAAAUAAAUCAGCAAUAUCGUUAACAAAUGCAUACCUGAGUUGCAUAAAAUCAAUAGAAGUCCAACAAAUAUGUCCCAAAAAAUGUUUAUGUAAUAACAAUGAAGAGUUAAAUAAUGUAAUAAUGGCAUUCAUUUAACUCAAUAUUGUCAUUAAAAUAACAUUUUUAGCGGAGCGCUUAUACUGUAUAUAUACAUAAGCGCCUUGAUUUUUAGUGAUUUUGCUUUGCACAAAUUAUAUGCAUUUGAAUAUAAUUCCAUCGGCCUCAUUAUGAAGAUUUGGGUUGCAUGAGCUACGAUUAGGAUACGAUUAAAUUUUGAACGCGUUCCAUUCAUGGAUAUCUUAUAUACACUAGAUAGUGCAUCUAAUUAUUCUGCAAUUCAAAAAUUGAAGCCGUGAUUGCAGUCUCAGGUCGUUCCCAUGAAAUGAGAAGAUUCGUAUGUUUUCUAUUUCUUAAACAGGGAACUUAAACAUUAAGUUAACCCUAUUCCAAAUACGUUUUUAAACUAUUCAAAUGAUGAAAGUUAUUGUUGUUGUUUAAGCGUUUAUUAGCAAGUGGGAACGACCAAAAAGGCCGCCAUCUAUUCAAAUGGGGGUAACCGCUGGAAUAUUCUUGGCUUCAAUUUUGCUAAAUGAGAUGCGCUAUCUAGUGUAUAUAAGAUAUCUAUGGUUCCAUUGCAUGCCCGAUAAAAUUUUUAUUCCAUAUCACGUGAUCAUAAUCAGCCAAUUAAAUGAGGUGUUAUAUAAUAUCUAAUAUGCCAUACCCAAGGACCAAGGUCACCAGAUCAGAACCCCAAUUUCCCAAUCCAAGUUACGAUCAUUUCAUCUAGACAAACUACAGUGUUAAAUGAUCGUGGUCAUUGUACACAUAAUUGUGUAGAAAUAUGUCGAAAGACGGCAAUGAAAAAUGGUACCUCGAACUCGAAUAAAACAAAACUAGUCCAUCUCAACGCGCGAUCUCUCAAGAACAGGGAACGUAACACCAACUUGAUACAAGUGAGAAUUUUAAAAUCAGCCCCCCCUGUCUCCAAGAUUAUACCUAAAUGUUUGGUAAUUAACGCUAGAUCAGCAGCCAAACCAGAUGCUGCGUCGGCACUUAAUGCUGAAUUGAGUACAAACAAUGUUGACAUUUGCAUAAUAUCUGAGACGUGGCUCACAGAGAAAAUACAGUCCUGUCUAAUUUGUCCUAGCGGUUAUACUUUUGUGAGAAAAGAUCGUACUCGUAGUGCAUGUCGACAUGGUGGUGGUGUUGCAAUUCUUUGCCGAAGUGAUUGGAAAGUUAAAAAACUUGCUUUGCAAAAUAACUUUGAAUGCUUGUGGUGCGAAAUUCAGACAAAAAACAGCAAAUAUCAUAUUGGAGCAGUUUAUUACCCACCUGACCCAGAGUACUCUGAAUCCGAAUUUCUGGAUCAUUUGUUUGACAGUUGCGAGCAGAUUUUACUCACUGAACCUAAUGCUAGGUUAAUUAUUGCUGGUGACAUAAACCAACUAAGGAUACAAGAUCUUUGUAACCAACAUAACCUAGAACAACUGGUCAAAAAGUCUACCAGAGGUCCGAGAAUAUUGGACGUGUUUUUGACGAAUUGCCCUCUCUUGUGGACACAACCCACUGUAUUCAAAGGUCUAGUUAGGUCCGAUCAUCUGGCGGUUAUGGUUGCACCAAGGCUCCAGGUUAGACCCGAACGAAAACAUGUUUACUUCAGAGAUGUUAGGCACCACCGAAAGAUUGCCAUGGAGAACAAAUUAAAAGUUUUCGACUGGAGUAAAGUCUAUAGUGCUAAUGAUGCUGAGGAAGCAGUGUUGGUGCUGAACCAAGAAAUUGUUUUAAUGUUCAACGAGAGUUUUCCUCUAAUCAAGAUUAAAACCUCCUCACAUGACCCACCUUAUAUGUCCCCAUUAGUGAAACAGUUAUGUAAAAUACGAAACAAACAAAUAAGUAGAGGAGCCAACACUGAACUUCAGGAAAGAAUAAAUAAACUUAUUCCAGAUAAUCAAAUUCGUGCUGUGUCGAAUGAAAAUAAGAAGUAUAAACAAGGGGCAAAAGGUUGGUUGAAUACUGUCAAUAAAAUCACGGGCAGAAGUAUAAAAUCCCAUAACAUUAGUUCUUCCAUCGAUCCAAAUAUUAUUAACACCUAUUUUCAAAGCGUAAAUACGGACACUCAGUAUACACCCCCACAACUCUUAACAAUCUCCCAAGAAUUCGAAUCCCGAAGGUUGAUAUACAAACAGUUGAAACGUGCAUGAUGAAACAAAAGCGAACUUCACCAGGCCCUAGCUGAUGGACUUCCAUACUGGCUGUGGAAAGACUAUGCUCACUAUCUUGCACCUGUACUUACUAAAGUAUUAAAUCUUUCCUUGCAUGAACAGCAUGUUCCCUCGCUGUGGAAACUCGCAAAUAUCAGCCCAAUACAAAAAGAGUCAACAUUAUCAGACUGCAGCCAGCUAAGACCCAUUUCAUUGUCUAACAUCAUCAUGAGACUUUUUGAGAAAAUUGUUUUUAGGGAAGAGAUUUUAGAACACUCUAAGUUAAUCAUUGGCCAUGAUCAGUUUGCCUAUAAAAAAGGGACAAAUACAACAUCAGCCCUUAUUAAAUGCCAACAUCAUUGGCUGAAAUAGUUGGACGAAGAUGCUGAGUUUGUUCGGGUUUUUGAUUUUAGUAAAGCCUUUGACUCGGUCCCGCAUGAUAUCGUAACUGAAAAACUUAAACAAACAAACCUAAAUCCUUAUAUCAUUAAUUGGAUUAUAAGUUUUUUGACGAAUCGAAAACAAAGAGCGGUGGUUGACGGAAUUAUAACAGGAUAUGUAGGUAUUAACAAGGGAGUGCAACAGGGAACCGUCAUUGGCCCGUUUCUAUUUUCUCUUAUGGUUGAUGACAUAAAACCCAAACAACCUGAAACUAACGUAUUGGUUAAAUUUGCUGAGUGCACCAGUAAAGUCAAAUAGUGAUUCUGCAACAAUGGAAGUGAGGAACAUCGAGAAUUGGGCAAGGAGAAACAGAAUGACUUUAAAUUUAUCAAAAACAUGGGAGAUGCUUCUGAGUGGUGAAAGUGUGAAACUUCUAAGCCGCCACCAGCGCCUAUAGAAGGUAUUGAACGUAAGAAAUGGCUAAAACUGCUAGGUGUUACUUUCGAGGACGAUGUGUGCUGCUGGGACCUGCACGUUGAUGGCUUGUUGUCGAAGGACGGAAGUCGAAUGUAUAUUCUAAGAGUAUGUAGAAGGUAUGGAUAUCGGAAGGAACAUCUCAGCUAUCUUUUUGACUCAAUAAUAUUAUCGUUAUUUUUAUACGGUAUUGAAAUUUGGGGCUCAGCCCUCCAAAAGAAAUAUUUAGAACGCAUUGACAAGUUUUUUAGCGAGCGUAUCGAUAUGGGUAUGUACUGAAAGAGUAUAAAAUGUCUGAGCUGAUUGAAACGAGAGAAAGAAUUCUAUUCAAUAGGAUUUUAGAUAAUCCAGAAGAUAUUUUAUAUGAACUAUUGCCUGAAAAAAGACAAAAAAAUUUAAGAAAAAUUAGAAAACGCGAUCAUCCUUUCAUCCUACCUCAAGUCAGAACUGAAAGAUUUAAGCGUUCUUUUGUAAAUAGGUGUCUGUUUGACUAUUUUUUGUUUUCGUUAUUACAUUAAUAUUGUAAAUAUAGUAAAUAGUACUGUAUAUUUUAGAAAUAAUAACUAAAAUCAUGUAAAGACACACGUCUGUUGUGUCUAAGGAUUACCAAAAUAAAGAUUUUUAUUAUUAUUAUUAUUAUUAUACUUGACGCAUAAGCUAAAGAUGAGAAUGUUUUCCUUGUUUGUUUUAUAGUUGUUGCCACAACCAAGAAGAAUGCGAAUGUGGCAUUGAUCUUUUCCUUUUUGCAUAAAUUAGUGAAGGUAAGCUACGUUUGACCAUGGAUAAUAAAAUAAAUGGAUUGGAAACUUCUGACGUCAUUGACUGCAUCCUUGUUGAAAAACGUGACGUCACGCGUAUUGCGAAUGUUACCAAAGUUCUCGGCACUUUUGUUGUUUUGCUAUAUUUUCCACUUUAAAAGGGUGAUCUUGAAGCGUAAACUGGUCUAAUUGUUUUAAAAACAUGCCUAAGCCACGACAAAGUAUUCAAGGUAAAUGUUUUUCGUCUUUGUUUUGUAUUUUUUUACAUUUGUAGCUACGAAAUUGGCGUCACAAAGUUUUGCGAAAUUUGCGAUGUAUUUUUCACUGUUUAGUGCUUGAAAUAUUUGCUAAAAUUGACUGGGAAUACUUAGAGUUUUCAUCGUAGAAUGGCGUGGUUACAUUUAUUUGCUCUUUGACUAAAAUGUUUAGCUGUAUUAUUGCUAAACAUGCCGUUUUUGAGAAUUUGGUUUUCAACUAGGUUGAGGCAUCCAGCCACGCCAUCAAUCCCAGUAAAAACAUUAGGUCACGUCAGCUAGUUUCAUAUCCAUUUAUUUUAUUAUCCAUGGUUUGAACUAACGUAAGCAACAAAUACGUGCUUGAUCACGAGUCAUUUUUCUCAUGCAUGCCCUUAUCUACUAUUAUUUGUAUGGCUUCGUCCUAUACAAUGUUUUAGUGCCAUUUGUAUGCUCGCUUAUAUGUUUUGUGUGCUUUAUUGUAAGGUCUUCAAAACUGUAUAUAUGUAGUUAUUUAACUAUAUAGUAAUAAACGUUCUAAGUUACUUCUGUGUUCUACAAGUCCACUAACUCUUACAGCUAUCUUCAGAUUCUUCUAUUUUCCUCUUCCCACCCCAACCAUACCAAAAGGUCGAUUCCCAUCUCUCAGUUUCUUCGUCUUCGCCGCAUUUGCAGUGAAGAUGAGAACUUCCAAGCCAAAAGUCUGGAAGAGACACUUUUUUGUCCAACGUGGUACCCCACCUCUUUCUUAGACGCUGCCUUUUCGUAGGCUUCUCAAACUAGGAUAAAAGUUCAUAUAAUUUUCCCGACCUCUGCUAGUAACUUCCCGACAAAGGGCGCUCGAAAACAUGUUUCAAUAGUUGCAUCCCUAUGAAUCCGUAUAGCUUUCAUAGUAUCGUUACUACCUAAACACUGACACAGACCGUUUUGAGAAGUACCAUGCAUAUUUUAAGUACACUGUACAAUUGGUUUAUAUAUUCUAGGUAUUUAUGGAGUACUUUAAAGAAAUGGAAGAAGAAAGUAUCAGAGAUAAUUUUGUGAUUAUUUAUGAACUCAUGGACGAACUCAUGGACUUUGGAUAUCCACAAUUUACGGAGAGCAAGAUUUUACAAGAGUACGUUUAGUAAAACAUUCUCUGUAGUAAAGUAAAUUUCUCAUUCACUGCAGUCCUGGUUACACGAAGAAAUUUUGCUCGCAACUUGUAAUUCAAUUUCUAGAUCUAGUACCAAGGUACCACACAUAAAAAACCCUAGUUUCCGCACACCUCUAUCAAUAAGGGGAGUACGCCAGCAUGUACAGGCCUAACAUGUUUAUAUAAGUUAACAUAUAUCUGCAUUAAUCCCGUUUACUUCAUUUCUGACAUUUUUUGUGUAUCCAUGAAAUUAUUUUUUUGCGUUCAUACAGUAGCUGAAACUGCACGUGAAACGACUGUUUUUCGUCCCGUUCCCGUAUUUAUUAAGGAGCUUUAGAUUUUUACGUCCACUAUACAGCGACCGCUACCAAUAACCAAUGAUUAACUAAUCAAAUGCACAUAAAGCCAGUCAGAGGGAUAGUGGUAGUGGUAGUCAAUAAGUCAAAUCUGAACCUCACUAAUAUACGAGACAUUGCUUCAACGUGUUCUUGCUGUCUAGCAAUGUUAUUUCAUGUUAUUUAUGUAGAUACAUCACUCAAGAAGGUCAUAAACUUGAAGUAGCUCCACGUCCACCUGAAGCUUUAACUAAUGCUGUAUCGUGGCGAGGACAAGGCAUUAAAUACAGAAAGAAUGAAGUCUUCUUGGAUGUCAUUGAAUCUGUUAAUCUAUUGGUAAUUGCCUUCAUAGUUUGCACAGCAUACUUGGAACGGACCUUUCCAACCUCGUACCCAGGCUCUUUCCACUACGCUCCUCGGUACGAGAUUGGGACCUUUCUAGGUUGCACUGACUGUCGAUUCCGGACGAAACUCCGAUAUUUCCAAGUUCCGUUCCGGCUGGAACUGAUUAAAACUAAUGAAGCGGGAACUGGAAUUGUGGUACAUGUAAUGGCCAAUUAAGGCAUUAACAGUUAUUUGAAAUGUAAAUUAUACAGUAUAAAGUAAGCAUGCUUGACUGCAUAAGUCAGUAUGCAGUUCGUCAAAACCUUAUAAACCGUAAAAAGGUAGUUGUCAUUGUUAUACGAGUUUGUUAAAAUUGAAUUUAGAAAAUACUUAUACGCGUUUCCAGUACGUUAUGCAAGUAGCCCAUUUUGGCAGUUAUACUACAAUUAGUAUUACAAUAAGUUUUUAAAGUUAUAUGUGUAGAAAAUGACUUUAUACAUUGUAUGCUCGGGUUAACGAAUGCUUUUUAUUCCUUCUUUUUCCUCAAACUUUCCCGCAUCCGGUAUCUUUAUUAUAUUGGCCGUAUCUUAAUAUGUACAUAUAGCCUUAAUGUUUUAGCAAAGUUUGUUUCAAUACCUGGUGGUGCACACCUAGAGGUUUGCUAACGAAACUACCGAGCUACAAAGUACACGUUUUCUUGUAUUUUAGGUGAAUUCCAAUGGUAAUGUUCUUCAAAGUGAGAUCGUUGGAGCAGUAAAACUCAGGUGCUACCUGUCAGGAAUGCCCGAAUUAAGACUCGGCCUGAACGAUAAAAUACUUUUUGAAAACACAGGACGUAAGUAUUACCUAAACUAUUGUGAUAAACCUAAUACAGUGAAAUCACUUGCUAAAGAAAAAAUGUCUGAAUGUCCCAAACGGAAAGCGAACGCUGAAAGAUGCCUCUGUAACACAACAGCGCGAGUAAUUCAUGCCGAUCGAGAUACUCACAAAUAUUAUUUGUAUACACCAGGGUUCGUACGCGGGUCCUUAAAAACCAUGAAAGUCUUUCAUUUUGCAACACUGAGUACCCAAAAGUCCUUAACUUUUUUUAAAAAAAUAGGUACGCUAGGCGUACAUAUAGUCAUAUAGACGCGGGUUUCACGUUAACAAUGAACUCCUAAAAUCCAGAUUAUUGCACUGAUACUUUGUUUUCUCCAUCAUUAUGAAGAACGUUCUACAAAACGUUUUGGUUUGUGCAAUUUUUCUUAGAGUUUUAAUAAUAUUGCUGACGUCAGUAUUAUUUUAACAGUCAUUACAUUUUACUUUAAAUGUGAUAAGUAGUCUAUUCCCAAUUAUAAUCGUCGCAUUUUGGCUGAAGCGCUUUGAAAUAUUGGCCUCACAAGUCAAGGCUAGAUUUUGGUGGAAAUAGUGGGGGAGGUGGAAAAAUAAUUAGGGGAGGUGCAGCGGUCUAACUCACGACCCCCAUGGGAAGUUAGUGCUUAGAACGGGCCAAAAUCAACGACAUGACGUAUGCAUGUAGUGCACAUAUGUAUCAGUGUAUUAAUGAAUUAUGAUUAAACAACUCAUCCAAUUUUGCCCUUUAUUACAAUUACUACAAAGUUUCUUUCAAUAAAAAGGGUGUGUGACACAGAAAUGAAUGGCUCUCACUGUUUCAAUUUUACAGAAAAACACUCUUACGAAGUGUAGACCCUGAGCAACAAAAAAUGUAAAAUUUUCACUUUGAUCUGUCAUUGAAACUUUCCAAAGGGGAGGUGCAUGACUUUCAGGGGUGCAGAAAUUCUCAGUGGAGGUGCAAAACGUCACAGGGGAUUUGCGCACCACCCCCUCUCGAAAUCCGGCCAAGUCACAGUUUUGGCCGCCAUGUCUGAGAUUUGACCACAAAUCCACAUUAUGCACUAAUCAUUGUGCCACGAUCACCCCAACGUUAUAUUUUACACUCACCGUCUUGUGUUUCCUUGCAGGAGGUAAAAGUAAAGCAGUUGAACUUGAAGAUGUCAAGUUUAAUCAAUGCGUCAGACUAUCAAGAUUUGACAAUGAUAGAACUAUUUCAUUUAUUCCACCUGAUGGGGAAUUUGAGCUGAUGUCGUACCGUUUAAAUACACAUGUAAGUAAAAAAUCGAAAGGCAUGCAAUAUCACAUGGUGCACGUGCACAAAUACUUCACGUAUCCUGUUGUCUGAUCAAUUUCUAGUGAAUGAGAUCAAAGCCUAAUGUUGUCAAUGUGUUGAGUACCAAACAAUCCUUCAAAGCGCAUAAUUUUGACAGCGACAAAUUCAAAAUUUAUAUUAUUAGUUUAUAAAAUUACAGCAUUCAGGCAACAAAAAGCUUCGCCUUUGCCUAUGGCCGACAAAAUGCAAUUCUGAAAGUGUCACACACGUCUCCAGACCUGCUUCGUAUGCAUCCUUUGUCUUCUUAAGGCGAAUACCAUUAUGACCUUCCCCUUUAGUUUUAUCUUGGAAGUUCUGUCCUAAGUUUUUUUCAGUCAAAAGUGGUUACCUAGUACCUACUGUACGGCCACUGUACAUUGAGUCAUCUAUCAAAUACUACAGGUAUACUAUAAUAAUUGCACCAAAGUACCACAACUUAUCGCCAUAUUCAAUUCAUCUAGGUGAAACCAUUGAUUUGGAUCGAGUCUGUAAUUGAAAGACAUUCCCACAGCAGGGUGGAAUACAUGAUUAAAGUAAGUAUUUUAGAGUUGUUCAAAAUCAUCCUUAGAAGCCUUGUCAGUCAAUGUCUGUGUUUAGGCCCCUACUAACUCUUGACGAAGGGCCUUCGCUCGAAACGUCGAGUUUCUGCUUAUUUUUAAGGUAGUGGUAUAAUAUAAACCCUAUGGCUGUAUUACAGUACUUCCAAAAACAUCGACGAUCUCGGGAUCGCAAUUUAUUGCCACCUUAAUCGAUUUUUAUUCGAAGCAGCUUACGUUGAGAAUACAGAUAUACAGGGAGUCGUUUGUUUUUAUCUAGGCUAAAAGUCAGUUCAAGAGACGCUCGACAGCCAACAAUGUUGAAAUUCAAAUUCCGGUCCCUGGUGACGCGGAUUCACCUAAAUUUAAGGUAACGGUACAAAGUACACUCACUAACAGCAGGUGACACGUAACGUCGAUAUGUACAGUACGUUAUCGUAGGUAAUGAUAGGGACGGAAAAUCAGAUGGAACAGACGUUUUCAUUUUAAGUAUUGAACUUAAAUUGUAAUCAAAAUUUUGUUCCUAUAUAGACAACUGUGGGAACGGUGAAGUAUGCCCCAGAAACCAACGUCAUUGUGUGGAAUAUCAAGUCAUUCCCAGUAAGUACAAUUUUGUAAUAUUUCCAUUGAUAUAAUGAAAAGAAUAAAACACUUCGAGCGAAGCACUUUCGUCAUAACUUUACGAUAGAAACGCCUUCGCUCGAAACAUGGAAUUGUUUCUAAUAAAUCAAUUAUUGUGUAACCUCUACUAAUCCCUGCACAAUUAAUUGCCAAUUAAAAUUCUAGGGUGGAAAAGAAUUUUUGAUGAGAGCUCAUUUUGGUCUUCCAAGCGUUGAAGCAGGUAUUUACUUCUUUUUAUAACAGAUGACGUUCAACAAACCCUGCAUGGCACGUUCUGAUUGGUUCCUAGAACUCGCAGCAUGUUAAAGCUACGUUACACAGUGAAAUUUACAUACUGAAUGUUAAUUGUUUGUUGACGAUAUCGCUGUGAAGAAUAGGAGACUGAAGACAAGGCUUUAAAAUGUUUCAUUUGAAAUUGCUUAUACGCGUCUUGUUAUGAUAAAGAUCUUUUUAUAUUAUAUUCUUAUAAUGCUUCAAAAUUAUUGUAGUUGGGUCGUGUACAAAAACCUUUGUCUAGACUUUCGCAUGUUGUAUUUCAUUGCUUAUAUUGUAUAUCCAAAGUUUCCAUACACUUCAAAUUUUUUGGCAUAUUUGGGCAACCCUUGCGGAAAAUACGUCACCUUGGUUAUAAUGCCUCGUUUUCGUGAUAGAGAUGUCGGCAGACUCGGCUUUACUUUAAUGUCACAUACACGAAAACGAGGCUCUACAGCCAAAGUGACGUACUUUCCGGAAGGGUGUAUUAUAAUAUUUGUAACGCUUACACAUGUCAUUGUCAUAUGUAACACUAUUUUGAUGUUUACAGAGGAAUCACAGGGCAAUCCUCCUAUUAAAGUAAAAUUUGAAAUUCCAUACUUCACCGUGUCUGGUAUACAGGUUAGUACCGAGAUGAAACGUCAGCAGUGGCGUAGCCAGCUCGAUAAGUGGGGGGGGGGGGCAUAUUCAUAUAUUCGUGUUCUGCAUCAUUAAUAUGUGAAUAUGUCCCCCCCCCACUUAUCGAGCUGGCUACGCCACUGAACGUCACUAAUGAUCAAACGACAAAUAAUCUACUUAACUUAGUUUUAUUUGUUUUUAAGCAAUUAGAGAUUUCCCAGGGUCCUUGCAAAAUAUAACUUUUUCAAACUUGGGGGAGAAUUCUGUAAAAUUUGAUGAUUAUAAAACAUAAUCUAAAAAUAUAUGUAACCACAUAUACAGUAUGCUAUAUAGACUAAAUUUCAACAAGUGUUGUCAAAGAAAAAUAUCAAAUACGAUUCAUUAGUAUAAUUACAUAGGUGAUUAUUGAAAAUUCUCCACGCUGAUUGGUUGCCGUUCAGGUGAUUAUAACGCUAUAAUCACCCAGAAAUGGCGGCCGAAGCCGUUUUGACUAGCGGCUAAAUCGAGGAAUGCACAUUUGCCCGACGCCAUCUUGAAUUCCGCGCAAUGACCUGGGUCUCAGUUAUGAUGUCAUAGUAUCUAUCAUGAAUGAUGUAAUCAAAACAAACGUAUUCGCAAGUAUUCGCGGGAAAAUGAAAAUAUUGGAUUCUGAUUGGAUAAUUGUCGCUCGCACAUGCCUAAAUACUAAAUUGUUAUAUGUAUAUAAAUAAAGCUAGUUUACAGCAGCAAAAAUCACAAUAAAUACACUUUUGAUGCUUUUAAAUCAUAAAUAAUCAUAUUAUAAUGACUGAUUUUAGCUUUUGAUUUCAUAUAAAGUUAAAUAAACCGAUCGAAAAUACAAAAUAACAGCAUUUCGCGUAUCGACAUUUUUCACAGUGAAAUAUUUAUGCAUUAAUCGACACUUAGUCUCUGGCACGCAAAUUUACUUUCGUAUAGUGAGCACAUAGUUGUGUGCACGGUAGAUGGAAAUUCUGAAACUACCCUUCGAUUCUGCAUGAAAUUCUGUAUCAACAGCCCUAGUUUUCCUUUUUCAUUCAAAAACUGAACCGAGAUAUUCGCCCUUUAAUACUCUAAAACUCGAGUCUUUACCCUACUAUAGGAAUUUGUGUACAGAGUAGAUGGAAAAUCGGAGAACACCAUUGAAUUCGCCAUAAAAAUCAGCAUCAUUUCAUAGUAAAUAUCUCCAGUCAAUUUAAUAAAGAACACUUUUUAUCGCGUGUUUACUUCACAGCUGACAAUAGAAAUACUGACUACGGAUGUAGACAGGGGAUACAGGAGCACUUUAAUGGAUAACCAUUUUACUAAUUCAUUAUUAUCAUAAGAUAACCACGGAUGUCCCCAGUUAAUAAUGAUUCAAGAUGGCGUCGGGCAAAUGUGCAUUCCUCGAUUUAGCCGCAUGUGCCGUUUUGUCAAUUAAAUGACGAAGAAAUGUAUAUUUUUUAUUUUUUUCAAAUAAUUACCUAUGCAAUUAUACCAAAACAAUUAUUCACCUCAGGCUCGGUGAUUAUCGUGAAUAAAAACCUCGAUUUCGUGUCGGUUUUUAUUCGCCGAUAAUCACCUCCCCUUCGGCGAUUUAUUUUCAGGUUCGAUACCUCAAGAUCAUCGAAAAGAGUGGUUACCAAGCUUUACCAUGGGUGCGCUACAUAACACAAAAUGGAGGUAAAAACGUAGCCCCUCGUGUAAUUAUUAUGAAAUGUUGCGAUAGUUUUUUCAGUCAUCUCACACCUAGUUCACUUAGCUAACACAUAUAAUCUUUAUUUAUAGAUUACCAACUACGUACGACGUAAUUCACACUGAAGAUGAAAAUGAGCUAAUAAACUAAUUCAUUAGAUGUUUUCCUUUAGUAGCGAGAUUAAUAUGGACAAUUUAAUUUAGGCGUUGUUUACACGAUGCCGGGACAAUGCUGUGCUUAAAAGCAGCAGACAAGAUUGAACAACACUAAAGGUCCAUACAGACCGUACGCGAUUUGGCAACGCGACGCGAAUUUUCAGUUUUCAAUGACAUUUAACUAAUAUUUUUCAAUGUUUUUCAAAUAUUCGGAACCACUUAAGCAAUUUUAGCUAUUGGGUCUGCAUAUCUUGUAAAAUUUUUAUCCGCUGACGGUUUUAUUUGUUUUUGAAAACUGAAAAUUCGCGUCGCGUUGCCGAAUCGCGUCUGGUCUGUGUGGGCCUUAACACGACUGUAACCGAGUGUAGGCAAAUAUGAUAAGCAAUAUUGAUUGUGGAUUGCAUGAGAAAUCUGCUGUAAUGCAUCAUUGCAGUUCUCGUCUCCGCUCAUGUGUAGGGGCCUUUAGAAUUUCUGUAUAAGUCGUUCACUGCGAAUUUUCUUUUUCUGAUAGAUGUUCAGUAACGUUUUGUACAGCGUUUUAAAUGUAUGAGCGGUCCCAUACAUCUGGAGUGUCUCCAUACAUUUGGAGUGUCUCGACUUACUUUCAUACACGCAGUACAUCUGAAGAAAAUUCGCAUUUGAAUAGGCGCAUGUUUUUCAAGCGUUCUUAAAACUUUGAAAUAAGUGUAAUUAUGUUCAUGUCUUAAAUGACUUAAUCAUAGUGCAGAAUGAAAAAAUCACUUAUACCUCGUGUUUCGCGCACAGUGGGUUAGGGAUGCAGUGUGCGAUAAUUCAGGAACUUGUACGUACCAGACUAACCAGAGGUACGUCAGUGUUACGGUCUGAUACUUCCUUAUCUUCAGCUACGUACAGUAGGUACGCGAAACUGUUGCUAUUUGCGUACUUACUUUUUGCUGGCACAGGAUGACCUUUCCAAGCCCAAGGAAUUCUUCGCAGCCGUUAUUUAGUCGGUGUAUGUGUAAGUCUUCAUAUCUUGGCAUGAAACAUGAUUGGACAAAUGGGACUAAAGAAUGUUGGACUCGAUUGUAGUGUUUGUAUAUGUGCUCCUUGUUCUAAUUGAAUACAUUUCAGAAACCUGUACUUUAUUUUAAAGACUAAGUACACAGUGAGUUUGUACUAUCCCAACAUUGGCAUACCAGUUAGGUACGACUAAAAAUCUUGAUUUAUCGCACCCUGGGGAUGGAGUUGUUAUUGAGGGCAAGGUCAAAUAGAAAUAAAUUCGUGCGCGAACCAUGAGGACAGUAUCGGAAGACUGGUAUCCAUUUUGUCGCUGCUGUCAUAAUCAUUCACAGUAAAUGAUGUGAGAUAUCAAAAGCUAUCUCGCAUUUUGUAUGGUUUACCUGUCAUGCAAAUCAGUCAUUUGUGAUUGUAGAAAUAUAUCGACACUGCAGCAACAAACAUAUGGAGACCAGGCAUAAUCUGACCUUUAAUCAAUUAUUUUUACAAAGAAUAAUUCUCUUGCCGACGUAAUUAGGCCACUUCCAGAAUUCGAAAAUCGCUUAUAUCUAAAUUUCGCAUUGUACGAAUUAGAAACGUAAAGUAAAAAAUAUACAUUUAAAACUGGCAUAAACCAUUCAAAUCAUAUUUAUUUUCUAUGCUCAAAUUGGUUCACGUGCCAUUAAAUUUGGCAUGGAAGUCCAACGAUCGUUUCACAUCCUGAGUUCUUAUACCGCUGCAGUUCAUUUCCAACUCGUGAAAUAGUGCCAGGCGAAGACUGGUCGGUCACAAAUCAAUAACUCAAUGUUGGACCUUGAGCUCAGCUGUUAUUGGAACUCUGCAUAUUGAAUAGAGAGAGCUAGAGAGUAUACUAUCAUGUUUCAGGAAUGUUGUGACUGUUCUCGCACCUCGGAAAGUAAUUCCUCAACUGCAAACUUGUAAAGAGUUUGAUUAAAUUGCUUGGAUUCGCACAGUUUCUCUUUUAAAUUAGAUUUACUCAAUUCUUUCUCACCACCGCACAUCUCAUCGUUUUCACAAUUCUAAAAAAACGUAAAUGUAAUC